AACCAACGUGGAGCCAAAAUGGGCAUCCGAGUGGCGGCCAAAGCCGUUGGCAUUGAUCAAGAUGCAAAAUCACGCCACCAUCCCGAUGAUUUAAAAGCGAGGGCUUUGGAGGCAAUCACGCCGCUGGAUCCCUUCUUUGAGGAAGACCCAACCGUCAAGGAGUGGCUCCUAGAGCAACGGCCAACACUGGCUGGGACGUUGAGAUACAUCACAAGUCUUUUCCCCUUUGUCCGGUGGAUAGGCCACUACAACUUACAAUGGCUCAUGGGGGAUGUCAUCGGCGGCAAGUAUUUUAGUAUCACGCUCGGGUUUGUUGUUGUCCCUCAAGCGAUGGCUUAUGCAAUCCUUGCCGGCCUUCGUCCAGAGUUUGGACUCUAUACCUCGUUCACCGGCGCCACACUUUACUGGCUGUUUGGCACAUCAAAAGACAUCGCCAUCGGAGCCACAGCUGUAGUGUCGCUGCUGGUGGGUAGAAUAAUAGAGACGGUGCGCGCUGAACACCCUCAGAUCGCCCCCGAGGAGGUGUCAAAGACUAUUGCGGCCUUGUCCGGAUGCUUUCUCUUGCUAUUUGGCAUGCUCAGGCUGGACUGGUUGAUCGAGUUCAUCCCACACGUCGCCAUUUCAGCCUUUGUCACUGGCGCGUCCAUCACCAUCACCAUCAGCCAGAUGCCCACUGUCUUGGGCAUUGCCGAAAAGAUAAACACCCGCGACGCUCCCUAUGCCGUAUUUGUCAAUACCUGCAAGGCUUUACCAAAGGCUACCGUAGGUGCUGCGGUUGGGCUCACGGCCAUCUUAAUCUUGCAUGCUAUCAAGUCGUUCUGUGCUCGGAUGGCCGUCAAGCAGAAGCACAAGGCAAAGAUGUGGGACACCAUCUCAUCCGUCAGAAUGACGUUUGUGAUCCUGCUCUACACGCUGAUCAGCUUCAUCGUCAAUCGGGGCCUAUCGCCACAGGAGGCCAAGUUCAAGAUACUUGGUCCUGUGCCAACAGGCUUCAAAGCCGCCGGCACCCCAUCUUUCAAUCCUGAUCUUGUCAAGCUUCUCGCACCUGAACUGCCUGCACUCUUAAUCAUCUUGAUCAUCGAGCACAUCGCCAUUGGCAAGUCUUUUGCUCGACUCAACAACUACACUGUUGUUCCAUCCCAGGAGAUCAUUUCUAUUGGCGCCGCAAACCUCCUGGGGCCAUUCCUUGGCGGCUACCCAGCUACCGGAUCCUUCACUGGUACUGCUGUCCUAAGUAAGGCUGGUGUUCGCACACCCCUUGCAGGAGUGUUCAACGGGUUGAUCCUCCUGCUGGCUCUUUAUGCCCUCACCUCCGUCUUUUAUUUCAUCCCUUCAGCGGCGCUGGCUGGCUUGAUUGUUCAUGCCGUGAGCAACUUGAUUACACCACCCGCCACGCUCAUCAAGUACUGGCAGCUCGCUCCUCUCGAUGUUUUUAUAUACUUUGUCGGGGUUUUCUUUGCAGUGUUCCUCAGCCUUGAAACUGGAAUCUACGCCACCGUGGGCUUGUCGUUUCUCAUUCUCCUGUUGCGCAUUGCCAGAUCUCAGGGGAGAUUUCUUGGCCGCGCGAGGAUGCAUGUUUUAUCAUCGCAUAGCGAUGAUGGUGGCCGCAGACACAGUGAGGCAUCUGAGCAUUGGGAGCAGAGACUUCCAUCUCAGAGCCCACAGCCGUCUGGCGGUCUGGGCAACGGCUGGGUGAACCACGGCCGCGAGGUCUUUCUGCCGCUUGAUCGCCGUGACGGCUCCAACCCAGCCGUGGAUGUCGGCUCUGUCUAUCCGGGCGUUUUCAUCUACAGGUUCACCGAGGGCUGUAACUACCUCAACCAAGCGCAGUGUGUCGAUCACAUCGUCGCCCAUGUUACUGCCCAUACCCGAAAGACAAACACGAACGAGUACAAGCGGCCAGGAGAUCGUCCAUGGAACGAGCCCGCAGUCAAGAAGACCAACCAACCGUCCGACUACCCCAAUGAAAAUAGUCUUCCCCUUCUCCGCGCCAUCAUCUGUGACUUCAGCACGGUGAACCAUGUCGAUAGCUCUGCAGUGGAGGGCUUGAUGGACAUGCGUGCACAGUUAGACCGCUGGGCAGCACCGGCCGCCGUCGAGUGGCAUCUGGCCGGCGUGCGCAGCCGCUGGACGCGCCGGGCGUUAGUUGCCGCCGGGUUCGGCUAUCCAAGCGCAGUGACCAGUGGCGGCUUCUGGAUACCCGGCUUCGACGUUGGCGCCACCACCUCGCCAGGAAACAUUGCGACCGUAGCGGCUGAGGUGCACAGGGAGCACCUAGUCAACCACGCCGGUAAGGACUGUGCCGACAUCGCAGACGCCAGAACCCGGGUCAACAGCCUUGAGGACCUGGGAGACUGCGAGCUUGGUUUGGGUGACCGUUUUUCAAGCAGCGGGACUGCUACCCCUGGAUCGGUGACGGGCCACCAACGGCAUGUAUGCAGCGAGGGGCAGGCUGGUGCGUGUGACGGGGCGUCUCGAGGCAAGUACGCACCUGUUUUUGGCAUCGACCGGCCCUUCUUCCAUGUUGAUCUGGUCUCUGCUGCGUCUAAUGCGGUAGAGAGUGCGAGGUGGAGAGACAAGAUUGGUGAGACGGGACAGUGCUGA